GACAUAUAUAUGUUGUUAAGUUAAUAAUGUAUGCAUGAUUUAUAGAGUGAUAAAUAUCGACAUCGAUGGUGUUAUCUUUUAUGAUCUUACAUAAAGCUCCCAUUAUCUGUUAGUGAAUAUUUCUUCACAUGCUGGAAAUGAAAGUGAUAAUGUGAAAACGUUGGAUACAUUUUUUACAAUACUAUCCGUGCCAUGCCCUCCGGUGGAUAGUCUCCAUUUUGUAUGUAAUCAUAAAAUAGGCGAUCCUAGAUCAACAUGUGAGGAACGUGCAUUAAUUAUUAACAAGUGUUUGCAUCAAUUUCCAGGACUCUAUAAUAAUUCCCAAUGGAGUUUGUGUUUGAUGGAUGUUUGUAAGUGUGAAGCAGUGUUAAAUGUUCUUCGCAAUAAUGAUUUUAUAAAUAAAUCAGACGAUGAUGCGGAGUCAGUGACUGUGACAACAAUUACCGUAUCGACCACAUUGUCAACAUCGAAUUUAACAACAAGCUCAAUCACAUCCGCGGUAUCUUCUCAAAGCACAUCUAUUACGACAUCUAUAACGACAUCGUCAGACACAACAUCCGGGUCAUCUGAGAGUGUUUCACCAAUGGAUGACGGAAGUGAAACGCCAUCUAGUGUGGACGGAGAGCUUGACACUGUUUCAUAUAUCUAUCCAAUCAUUGGCGCUUUUUUGAUUGCCUUCGAAAUCGUGAUGUUAUGUGUAUUUUCAUGUUAUAAGAAGAAAAGAGAACACAAUGCAAAUGCUGGUUCUCUGGUGCUACAGGAAGAGGUGAUCGAACCCGUGACCUCGAGUCCAACCAAAGCCGCCUUACACCCUAACUCGGUCUAUGACGAGGACAGCGUACUGAGUGAGGAUAAGACGAUUUAUAAAAGUUACAUAAAUCUCAAAUAUAUAGAUGAUACAUCGGCCGAAUCAACGCCGGAAAAAGCUCUUAUGAGAACUUAGGAAAUAUAUGCCAUAUGUUAAUCAAAAAUAGCAAAAAAAAAAAUAUUAUUAUAAUUGUGUAAAGGAAUUUGUGUUAUACACAUACGUGCCAUAUUAUAUUUUAGAAAAAAACGCGCCUUUAUUCUGUUGGUUGUACUUGUUUUGAAUGCAGAUUUCGAGAAUGAAUUGGAUAUCGCAGUGAAGACUGCUAAAGUCUAAAGACUGAGUGCAAGAGAUGUUUCAUCCGUGAAAACGUCGUGCUAAAAAUUGUGUGUAAUGUCAGUAAAUAGUGAGCUACUACAAAUACAUUAGUGUUGAGGUUAGCAUGUAAUUAAUUGAAUAAUGUUAAACAUUUGUGAAUACUAUCGCCCUUGUUAAAAAUGCUAAUUUUUGUACAACAUUUUGAAACAAUUAUAUAAGAAAAAGAUUGACUUGAAUGCAACGCAGAUAACUAGCUCCCCCUCUUUACCAUGAAAUACCAUUCAGUCUAGAAAAGGAGAUCUUCCAUAGUUUACUUGUCAAUUUUAAAAGUAAAGUAAUCUAAAAAAAAUCAAAUCAAAUUAUGUAAACACUCGAUUGCAUACAUAUGUCGUGCCCUUUGAUAAUUCAGUAUGUUUGAUACUUACUUUUACUUAUUGUUGGUUGUAUUACCAUUCGGUUUGUUGUCCGUCUGUCCGUCCUUUUCAUACAUACACUCGGUUUGUCAAUAUAUAAAGUCAACUAUAGACUAUGGUUAUGAUUGAAAUCCAGUGAAUUAGUUCAUUAAGUGAUCUUCACAAUUCUGGUACUUACAGCGUUAUUUUGCGUAGCAUUGAAGGUUGUAUUUUAGACCUGGUCAGUAUAAUAAGAUAAAGAUCACUACAGUCUAGAGUUGGGCUUCUUAGGUAUAUGGUUACAUCAUUUUUACUGGAUGAUUUCUACACUGUGUUUACAAGCAUAGGUCAAAGUAAAACGUAUACUAAAUGUUAUCAUGUAACAUAUCAUUGGAAAUUGGUAGAAUUGAUAUGAAGUCUUGAAUUUGUACAAAGUUCAAAGUUAAAGUUACAAGGGAUCUUGAUGGUAAUUUUUUUGUAUAUUCUUACUUAUCCAAACUGUUGAUAGUAAAUUAGUGAAAAGGCGGGGUAUAAUUGAUGUUCAGGACCCGGUUGUUCAAAACAUUGGUUAGUGAUAACCAACGGAUAAAAUCUUAGAAUAAUAUUGCCGAGGCUUUAACAGUUUUGAGGAUAGAAAAAUAUACAAUACGGAUGGGGUCACCUGUUGCCCAUUGCCUUUGUUUCUUAAAACACAAACAAGGGUAUUAUACAAAAGGUAUAAAGCGAAUAUGAAAGUUCCUUUUUACUCAGGAGCAUAAGAAAGUUUAAGAUCUCAAGAAACCAUUUUAAAGUUAUAGUGCCCUCAAGAACAAAACAAAGGUUUAUGUCCCUCAAGAACAUUAAAAAGUUUAGAAUCCCUCAAGAACAUUGCAAAGUUUUAGGUCCCUCAAGUACAUUACAAGGUUUUAGAUCAUUCAAGAACAUUGCAAAGCUUAAGAUUCAUCAAGAUUGCAAAGUUUAAGAUCGCUCAAGAACAUUUCAAAGUUUUAGAUCCCUCAAGAACAUUACAAACUUUAAGAUCCCUCAAGUACAUGUACAUUGCAAAGUUUUAGAUCUCUAAAGUACAUUACAAUGUAUGCCUCGAGAACAUUGCAAAGUUUUAGGUCCCUCAAGUAUAUUACAAAGUAUUAGAUCCCUUAAGAAUAAAUAUGUUUCAUGAAAGUUUAAAACAUAUCUAUUUUUGUGAUGAAACCUUUUAAGCCUCACAAAUAAGUUUAUACGUUUCCCUCUGUAGAAAGAGCGAGAUUUGUUUUAUAAUUUUGAAAAACGGAUUUAGAACAUUUAAGAUGCAUAUCACCGGAAAAUAGCGAUAAAGAUAUCAAAAUGUAAACAAAAUGGUAUUUUGACUUCCAUACAAAAUACUAGAUCAUAAAAAGUGUACUAAUUACCAAAACGCGAAAGAAGCAAAUAUAUAUAUUAGCUCGGGUAUAUUAAGUAACUUUUGGAAACUGUGACGCCAAAAUAAAAAGUUCUUGAAAAAGGAAAAUCAAAAUGACAGCAUUUAUGAGGCUUAAAAAGAGUUAAAAAAAACUAUUUUAUAUCUAAAUAUAUGAAGACAUAAAUUCUUUGUAUGUUUUUGUAGAAUGUAGAGGAUAUCCUAUCAAGAAGUGAAAUUUUUCACACGGUGGUGUUACGAGCGUCUAGCGCUUGUGAAAUAUAAGAAAGUAUCGCACUUAAAAAUUAAAUGUAGAUCUUGUGUAUUCUAUUCUAGAUUUUUCAACUUAAAAGAAAGCUUUAUUUCUUGCCACUGAAUAUGAGUCAAUAGACUAUGUAUGAUAUAUAUAUUGUAUCUAACUGGUGAAAAUCUGUAUUUUACUAGGUAGUAAACAGUGUAUAGUUAUUUAACCUUAGAUGUUAUUUAGUAGUGACAUUUAUUUGAGAUAUAGCGGUACCUCUUUUAUUAUUACAGAUAUUCCAGUGAUAGCUUUUUUCAUUUUUAAUGAUAUUUUUUAUUUUGUUUGUUUUUUCUAAGUAUGAUAUUUAUUUGUAUCUCUUCCAUUUGUAUUGUAAUAACUGUUAAACUGUUAUUUAGCUUUGCAACUAUUGUUUUAAAAAAUAUGAAAUAAAUAUAUAUUAAAAUGUGUUCAUUUA